GGGCCGGGUUUAUUGGGUAAGGAAUAGGAAUGACAUUAUGUGAUAACUAACCUAGUUACCGAAAAAUUAAUUCCAGAUUUUUCUUAAGUAUUUUUUUAUAUCUUAUAGAAAUUUAAUGACACUUAGGGUUAUGUGUCGUCAUGUUCAUAAUCUUCGUACUUGGCUGUAUGUAAAAUAGGGAUGUCAUUAUUGGGGUAUCAAAUUGAGUGUAAAGCUAUUAGAUUCUAAGUGUUUUUGUAAUAUAUACAAAGUGUUUGAUGAAAUGCCUCUACAAAAUUGUAUUGUAUGCAAAGUGUUUGAUGAAAUGCCUAUGUAUAAUGUUUAGACAAAGUGUCUCUGUAUUGUAUACAAAGUGUUCGAUGAAAUGCCUCUUUAAAAUGUUUAUACAAAGUGUUCGAUGAAAUGCCUAUGUAAAAUGUUUACGCAAAGUGUUAUUGUACUUAUUUAUUUAAUGUCCUACAGAUUUGGUUGAGGUAAUCAAGGAUCAGAAUGAAGGUGAGAGUAGUUUGGAGGAAGGUAUGUGAUUAUGUCCGAAACGAUUUGAAAGAAAUCGCAUUCCCUUCAUCGUUGCCCCACCCGCCUCAUUUCAAGAAACGAAGAAAACUUACUUUGAAAGAACGAUACUUGGUUUUAAAAGAAGCAACGAGACUUUAUGCUGCAAGCUGGGUAAGAGAUAUAGGUCCCGAGUUGCGUCCAAACGAAUAUAAGAAGAAAGAAAAAUCUGGCGAUGAAGCUGAAGGAAUUAAAGAUUCCAAUGGAGAAACAGAACCUUCAACACUGGAGGAUCUAGCGGUGGCUGCUAGAGGCGGAAUGGAGACACUCAGGCCAGCUUUGCAACGGGUUUACAUGACCCGAGCCUCUUCUUACAGAGAUGCACUGAAGAGCUUCAUACAAGGUUAUCAAGAAGGCAUUCAACAAGUGAUGGAGAAGAAAGAUGAUUCUGAACCCAAUCAAGAAAAUAUUGACCCAAAAAAGUCAACUUGAUCAAUAUUUCGGGUGCUAACUAUCAAACUCCAGAUGUAUAUUAUCUUUCCAAUUUUGAACACUUGAGUAUUUAAAACAAUUACUACUAUAGUUUAAUUUUAUAAGUAAAGAAAGCUGUAGUUCUUUAUGACUUUGUAUUAUUCAGAUUUAAUGAUGUUGCAGACAAUAGUGAAAUAAACUUUGUUUUUACA